GGGGGCAGCGCCGUGUGCCGCUCCCGGGACCCCGCCGUGUACCGCUCCCGGGACCCCGUCCGCAACCUGCGCCUGCGGGUCCGUAUCCAGCGGGUCUCGCCGGCCGGGCCUCUCCUGCCGCGGGCGCCGCCGCUCGCCGGCCCCGAGCGCCCGGGCCGGGCCGACAGUGAGGAAGCGGGAGCGGUGCCGCUGCGGGUCACCGCUGCCUCCCGCGCAGGAGCCCAGAGAGCCCCGGCGGACUCUCUGGAGGAGGAGGAGGUCGAGGUGGGGUGGCAGGAGAAGCUCUUCAGCCAGUUUGAGGUGGAUCUGUACCUGAACGAGUCAGCCUGCCAGACUCCCCUGGACUGGCAGUACCAUGAGGAAAUCCAGAAACUGGAGAAGGCUGGAGGUCGGAAGAACUGUCGCAUAUUCACCUACACUGACCACGACCGAUUCACCAACCUAGAGGAGCUCUGCCAGAAGGUAACUGACUUGGAUCAUGAAGUGCCAUCGUAUCUGGUCGAGAGGAUGGCCAAUGUGAGGAGGAGAAGACAGGAACGUAGGCCUGUAGAAGCAAGUUCUCUGAAGUCAAAAAUCAUCACCUGGGAACCUUCAGAAGAAUUUAUAAAGAACAAUCAUGUAAUUAACACACCUGUCCAGACCAUGUACAUUAUGGGGGACUUGGGACCUUAUGGGAAGCUUGGUCACAGGGAGUACGAAAAUGUGCUUUGCACAAUCAAGGUGGAUGGCAAUGGGGUGAUCACAGUGAAGCCUGACUUCAGUGGCACCAAAGGAGCCUACCGGAUCGAGCUAGAUGGAGAGAAGCGAGAGGUGUGGGAAUACACCAUUGAGAAUGCAUCUGCCCAGGUGCAGCCAGAGGAGGAGGAGCGGGAGCAGCGUGUGUUCAGAGAUCUGUACGGGCGGCACAGGGAUUACCUCAGUGGGCUCGUGGGCUCAGACUUUGAAAUGCCUCUUCCGGGUACUCUGAGACUUUUCAUUAAUGGAGAAAUAGUUUCAGCUCAAGGCUAUGAGUAUGACAAUCUUUAUGUGCAUUUCUUCGUGGAGCUGCCUGACCAGUGGUCAAGCUCCCCGUUCCAGCAGCUCUCAGGAGUGACACAGACCUGUGCCACCAAGACAGUGGGCUGGGAUAAGGUGGCAUACUUCUGCUACCCCUUCACUGUGGAGAUGUUUUACACCCAAGAAGAUGAAGACAGUCUCCCUCAGUGGCCUGUUCUCUACUUUGAGGUCCUGUCCCUGGAUUUCUGGCAGAGGUAUCGUGUGGAAGGAUAUGGAUCCUUGGUGCUGCCAGCAUGUCCAGGUGUCCACAUGCUCACCAUCCCUACCUGGCGUCCUGUGGGUCUGGGAACUGUUGCUGAAAUGAGGAGGUUUUUCAUCGGGGGAUCUCCUGAGCUGGAGGACUUAACCUACAUCCGGACACCAUCGACCUUCAAGGGAAAGCGCUUGAGCCGCUUUGGUUUCCGGACAGAGACCACAGGGAGCGUCACGUUCCGGCUCUAUUGCCUGCAGCAGUCCAAAGCCUUUCUGGAGAGCAGUGCCCUGAGGCAGCGCAUGCAGAGUGUGCUGGACCGACUGGGAGGCUUCAGCCAGCAGAGCUCUGUCUACAAUGUUUUGGAGGCUUUCCAGCGGGCACGGCGCCGGAUGCAGGAAGCGCGGGAGAGUCUUCCCCAGGACCUCAUCAACACUUCUGCCUCUACUGCACUGCAGCCACCAGAGCCAUGAGCAUCACCUCUGCUGCUUGGAGCCCUUGGCACCCUCCCUCCAACACAGGCUCCCACCCCUCAGCAGAGGAGUCCCAGUGCUGGGGCCUGGAAGCUUCAGAAGCCCUGCCUUUGUUGUUUAACCUGGAUGAGGGAGAGAACUUGUAACACCUCCAGACCCAGAAUUUGCAUUUCCACAAUGGAAGGAGCCCUGUUUUUCAAGGCCCUUUGUUGCCAGGCUCUAACAAUACAGCGAAUUUUUCGCAUUUCUACUGAAAUACUGACGUGUAGCCUGUGAACCCUGUAACAUCUUUUCAGGGAUUGCAAAGGAAAUAAUGAGAAAAAUUGACAUGACUUGGUCAAUUUAGUUUUCUUCUUAGGGAAAAGGGUGAUGUUGAAGGUAAAGGCAUGGAUGCUGUUUGAGAUUAAUGGAGUUAUUCUCAAGAUAAAUUCUUGAGAAAUGCUGAUUAUUGUUGUUAGCUGUUGUGUACAGAUCAAUAGUAAAAUGAAUCCGUCCACCUCUACCUAAAGACUGAUUUAUUUCUAUAGAGAGAGCUCUCUGCCACAUGUAAUAAUGAAAUUAAAGCAAAGGAAGACAGAUGGAGAACUGGACAAAAGGAUUUAAUUCUGUCUUUUCUUCUGUGUGCCCAUAAGGUCUGGCUCUGCAGUGGCGAGCAGGAAGUUUCUUUGUUCAGGAAUACAGCUGAAAACACACCUUCCCCUUAGUUCACCACAGAGCUUUGGCUGGGGCUGGAAGGUUUGCAGACAGUGAGAGCAGUUGAUAACAUUUGCACAGCAGCUGAACUUUGAACUGUUCAAGCUGUUCAUUUGAGGUUGUUGUUUGUUGGUGGCUCGUUGUUGCACCUCUGCAGAGCACUGGUGCUUCCUGGGAAAGCUUGUGUUUACCCACUCUUUACCCUGUUUCUUCUGUUCUUUUUUCAUUUUUUCCUCUUUUUAUUUCUGUCUCAAUUUCAGAGGAACAUAGCUCCCUGCAGACUGACAGUGCUGUGCUGGUUUGUGCACGAGUCACAUUUCCAUGUGUUUUCUGUUCCAAAGGAUGGGGAGAAAAAUCUCAAGUUUAGACUAUACAGGUUUGAAUGUGUGAAUUUAGGAUUCAGAGGCAGGAUAUGAGAUGUGAAUUGGCCAUCCUUGUUUUGCUCUGCCUGUUCCUCCUUCACAGGGAACAUGACACUCAUGGUUGCAGCCAUGUGUGGUUGUUAGAACAUCCACUUAUUCCCUGGUGCUCCAUUGUUUUCCUCACUCCCUUCUUGCCAUUUUGAUGUUUUCCCAGUCUUCAAUGAGAAAACAAACUGCAAAAAGGAGUCAGCAACUCUCAGAGUUUGUUCUUCCUUGACAUUUGCUGUAAUUCCUAGAUCUGUCUGGCAGCUUGAAUCCAUCUGGCAGUUUCAAUCAUGAGGGGACUUUUGUUCACCUUCCUUGCCUGUUGCCCCUCAGUUUGAUGGAGGAGGCUACCAGGAUGUGUUGAAAGUGUGGCCUGCACAGCAGAGCAGUGUCCUUGGCCUGCAGCUGGGUGAUGUGCCUGGUGCUGAUGUGAUGACUCUGGAGCAGCAGAACUGAUCUCUAUGUUCUGUCAUGGUCUGUAAUGACUGACCCAGGAUGAAAGGAUUCAGUGAGUACCUAGCACUUGUUAUCUCUUUAUUUUAAUGGUUAUUCAU